AUGUAUGCAGAGCGGGCAGAAGCCUUUACUCAUAAUUCAUGCAAAAAGGUUGCCCAGCUCGUAAAAGUUGUCACUAUCAUGGCAGAGCAGGCUCGAGAUUCUCAAAUGUCAUUAGUUCGAUACACAAAUCACUAUGAAGAAGCAAUUCACAAACUUUCUGAUGAUUAUAUUGAUCGAUUAAAUGAAAUGGGCUCUCAGCUUUCUAAAUAUCGUAAAUCUGUUAUUGAUAAGAUGUGUAGACACUUUGGAAAUAAAUAUAAAGAUUCAAAAGGUGAUUAUACAGCUUCAGUUAAAAACGUAGCAGCUCAAUUCUCGGAUAUUGUUGCAAAUUUCAAGAAACUACGAAAAGAUUGCGUUAAAUUCGAAACAGACGUUACAAUUUCUGCAAAUGAAGUCACAAAAUCAGCAGACGACUUCUUUUCUGAUGUUAAGAAACAAAAAUCAAAACGAAUAAUGCAUAAUUUACUCAAAACAAAUCCAGAAAUGAACGAAAAGUUACAGCAAAUUCAAGAUUCAAUCAAUGAAUCUGCAACAAAGUUCAGAAAAAUGCAAGAAGAGCAAGAUAUAGCAAUGACUCUACUAAAUGCGCAGAUCAAACGAGUUUCUCCAAAAGAAUUACGAAAAAGAUUUCCAGAAUUUCAGAAUUACAAGAAACAGUUAACAGAAUUACACAAAUCAGUGACAGAGUUAAAUAAAGCAUAUACAUCAUUGAAGUCAGCUUCUUCUGCAUAUACAACCAAAUCAAAACCGAUAUACAAGAAAAUUAUUAAUGAAGCAUUAACUUCUGAAACAAGAAGAAACUCUUCUAAAGAUGAAUAUAUUAGGAAAAUGAAUAAGGAGCAAAAAGAGCAUGCAAAAGUUAUAGCAUCCCUAAAUAAACAGAAUAAGCAAUUAAAUAAAACCAGAGCUGAAGAAUUAAAUGCGAUUUCGAAACAGAUCGAAGCAAUUAGAAAUCAAAUCGAAGAAUCAUACCAUCAAAAUGAAGAACAGACUAAAAAGAAAAAUGAAAUCGAUGAAAAUCUAAGACAAAACCAAAAUGACAAAAAUCAAGCAGAACAAACUCUUUUAAAAUCUAAAAAUCUAAGAAAUGAGCAUAGCAUUCAAUUAUCUUUAACUAAGACGGAAGAAAUUAAAAAAUCUAUGGAUAACGAUAUUAAUAUUAUAAUGAAAUCAAGGGUUGAAGCGAAAAAUGCUUUUCAUAAUAAUAUUAUAAAUGAUUUGCAAGUAUUUGCAGGAUAUCUAAGUAGUGAACAACACAGAUUUAAAGAUUUGCUGACAAAUUUCGAUAACAGCUUAAAAGAAUCAUUCUCUUCAGUUGAUAAACUUGCAGAGAUAAGUAUUAAAACAUAUAACGCUGAAAUUGAAAAUUUGAUGUCUUUAAUUAAGUCAAUUAAAGCACAGAAUAAUAAAAUUCAAGAUCAAAACAUACAAGAAAACGAAGCAAAAGUCAAAGAUCUCAUUAAAACAUAUGAUGAUAGACAAAAAACAAAAUACGAUAAUUAUAAACAGCAACUUGAUCAUCAUAUCAUUAUUAGGAAUAAAAAGAUCGAUGAAACAAAACAAGGCUUUUCUCAUGAUCUAGAAGAAAAACAAACACAACUUAAUGCCGAGUUUUCAAAUCAACUUCAACAGAAUUCAGAACAAUUUGAAAAGGAAAUAACAAAUGAUAAAGAAGUUGAGAAUCACAACUUUGAAAUACUCAAAUAUCAGACUCAACUUAAAAAUCAAGAAGCCUCUGUUCAGUAUUCAAAAGAUACAUUAGAAAAAACAAUAAAUAAUCUUGACCAUGAGAUAAAUCAAGCAGAUAAAUCUUUGAGAGCUUUUCAAAGAUCAAUAAAGACACAGACAUCAGAGAUAAUUGAACAAUUUGAGAUGCAAAUCACGGUUGAUCAGGUCAAACUUAAAGAUGCAAUUGAAAAUAUUAGCAAAUUAUAUUCAAAAGAAGAAAACCAACAAGGUUGUGAUAUUAUUGAAGCAAUUAGGAGAGUUCAACAGACCAAAAAUAGAACUGAUGAUUUGAUUCUUAAAAGGACACGCGAAUACGAAGAAAUCAAAGCAAAAUAUGAAAAAGCAAAAAUCGAAAUUCAAAAUAAAAUCUCCCAAUUGAAAAGUGGUGCUAUUGAAAAGGAAAAGAUCAGACAAAUUGCCGAACAACAAGUACGAGCUGAAGUUUCAAUUGAAGAUAGAAUUGCUGAUUCAGAAGAACAAAUACAAAAACUCAAAAAAGAAAUCGAAAAUGAAAAAUCAAAAGGCGAAAAGCAAAAAUCUUUGAUUCUUCAUACAAUUGAAACAGACAAGAAGAUGUUUGAAGACUGCAAAAAGGAAAUAGAAGAUUCGAUAUCAAAAAUUCCAGAUCAUCUUCAACCAGAAAAAGAAAUAAUGAUUGAAAAAGUCAAUAAUAAGAAAAAUGAGAUUACAAAAAAUUUUAAUAACGAAAUGACUAAAUUAAAACAAAGAAAAGAGUUUUUAGAGAACCAACAAAAAGAAGUUAUUGAAUCGAAUCAGGUCUCUAUCUCUAAACUUGUGAAACAAAAUGACGAUGAUUCUGCUAAACAACAAAAUGAACAUAAUAAAAUCUUCACAAACAUGAAAAGUAAUUUUAUGAAGAUAUCAGAUCAAUUUGAUAAGAAAGUAAUAGAAUUAACAUCUCAUUAUGUGGAGAAAUUGGCAGAAUCUAUGGAUAAAAUGAAAAGAGAUGUCGAAGAUCGUGAUAUUUAUGAAGCAAAAGCGCAAUCAAGUCAACUUUCACGAGAUAUUGAACAAGAAUUCAACUCAUUUUAUGGUUUUCUUUCCAAUGCAAGGAAACCAGUCGUGGAACCAAAAUCACCGAUUCAAAAAAAUGAAUCAGAAAGGAACAUCAGUACUGGAGCACCAAGAAGAGCAGCUACUGCUCAUUCCACCAGACCACGAAGCAACAGAUCGCGUAUACCAGCUUAA